GUCAUUUUUGGACUUGAGCAAAACUUCAGCAUAUCUUGUCGGUGGCGGUGGAGGGGCGACGAGCUGAUUCACAACUUUCGGGAAGAAAUGGCCACAAGAUAAGACUCAAACAGGAGGCGGGAGGAUGUCUGUGGAGGUGGACUUGUUGCUGCAGGAGGCGAAGGAAAGCAUCGAGGCGGCCCAGAACUACCGCAGUGAGCUCCAGCAGCGCCUGAAUGGCCUCAACCAGGCCCGCAAACAGGUCCGGGGCAGCUCGGGUCAGGCGAGGGAGACGCUCCGGAGGCACUUCACGGAGCUGCAGGCGGCAGCGGGGCGGCUUUUGACCGAGCGACUGAACGCCCUGCUGGCUGAGGUGGACACCAUCGAGGCGGACAGCGUCAAACCGCUGGACGACUGCCAGAGCCUCAUCGAGCACGGGGUGGGCCAGGCGGACGAGCUGCUCAGAGAGGGAGAAGCAGCUCUGCGUUGUGGUCUCGGGGAGAAGGAGGACAAACUGGGCAGUUUCACCAAAAAGGCGAUGCACAUCCAGCUGGACAGUCUUCCAGAGGUUCCAGCGUUGGUGGACGUGCCGUGUGUUUCCGCCCAGCUGGACGACUCUGUGCUCGGGCUGCUGAGGGAGCGAGUGUCCCGCCACGGCUCCGUCUCCUCUCACCCGCCCGCCCAGAUCGACGAGCUGCAGGAGAGACCGGGCAGCAUCUUGGUCCGCUGGUGUAAGGUGGAUGAGGACUUUGCAGUUGCAGAUUAUCGGCUGCAGUACCGGCGGUCGGGCAGCGGGGGGAGCCAGUACGAGGACGCCUACAUCGGUCGGGACUGCGAGUUCCUGGUUCUCCACCUGGACCCUCACACGGACUACCUGUUCAGGGUCUGCGCCCGCGGGGAGGGUCGCACCGAGUGGAGCCCCUGGAGCAUCCCACAGACCGGCUACACCACGCUCACACCGCACGAGUGGUGUCCGGGCACCGAGGGCUACAUCCUGAGCAGCAGGAGAAACAUCGCUCUGAGGAAUGACUCCUCCCAGUCACGCUGCCCCGCCCUCUACUCAAACGCACCCACCUACUUCUGCGGGCAGACUCUGACCUUCAAGAUCACUGCAGCAGGUCCCACGGAUCGGAGGGACAGCCUGGGCGUGUGCGUGGACAGCAAGGGGGCGGAGUCACUUCAGAGGGACCAGGCUGUCUGCAUUUCCACCAAUGGCGCCGUCUUCGUCAACGGUAAAGAGAUGACCAAUCAGCUGCCGGCCGUCACCGUGGGCUCGGCCGUUACCUUCGACAUGGAGGUGGUCAACCUGUUCCCCAUCAGCAACAACAACACCCCGAGCGAGGGCGGGCACUUCAAGCUGAGGGUGACCAUCGGCUCGGGGAACAGGGAGGUGGUGUUUGAUUGGCUGGUGGAUCAGGCGGUGGACUGCCUCUACUUCGGCUGCUCCUUCGUCGGCUGCGGCUGGAAAGUGCUCGUGUUUUAACGGCCUCAGCGAGCGGAUCCUUUUAAAGUGCUGGAGCUUGAAGACACCCGCAGAGGCUCAGUUUUUCUUCUUCUACUGUUUCUGCUUUUUACACCUGGAAACAACCGGACACAUCUGUUUUUAUCCAACCUGUGAACUUCAAGCUGCUUCAAAGGAUUCAUUAACGAGAGGAAAACUACACAGAAAGAUUUGAUUUUUUUAAAGAGGAAGCUUAACUUAACCAGAAACAGCGUUUUAAUUUCUCUUUUCAAAACCGCCAAAUCCCAUUCAUAAAAAAAAAGGGAUUUUACGCAUCAGAACACGGGAGUUGUUUGUCUACCGCUGCCUCGAUCUGUGAGCUCGAUAACGGGUUAGAUCAAAUCCAACAGAAUAUUAUCAAAGGCAUAACUCAGAAGAAAAAAUUACCUUAUAUAGAUGAGGAAGCAGGAAGAGGGUCGUUGUUGGCGUCUCAGAAAUAAUAAAAACUUCUACAGUUAGCUGUUGGACUCAGUCAUCAUGGUUGCCAUGGUUUCUACUUCUUCUUUCUGCUUCCUGGUGGAUUUGCAAACAAAAUCUCACAUUCGAUUCUUUUGAAUACUUUUCGAUACCUUGUGUUUAAAAAUGAAACAAUUUAAUUGUCGAUGGAGGGAAAAGUUCAGAAACUUUCGCCCUAUGUUCAGUUAAAGCUGCCAUGUACGAAAAAAGAGAGAGAGAGCGAGAGAGAGCGAGCGAGCAUACGAACACACGUACACAACAUGCCAAUAAUUCUUGGUCGUAUAUAAAAAAAGAAAUGACCAGAUAAGGAGUUCCUAGGACUUCUGUUUUUGUUCCUGUGGUAUCGUAACAGGUGUCGAUACUGUUAGGUUUUUACUAGAAUAGAAUAGAAGUUGUCAUGACAACCCUUCUCCUCGUCGCCUUGUUGUCUUGUGUUUCUAUACAUUUACGUAGAGAAGAUCGAAGCCUCUCUGGAGGGAAAAUGUGACAAUUCAUGCUGAUAACUAAUUUUUCUUUUUAAUGAUUUAUUUUUUUGGCUUUUUAUGCCUUUUAUACGAGACAGAGUCAGAAAUCAGAGCGAGAGAGAGAGAAAGGGGUCAAAGGUCAGACCUGAACCCGGGCCGUCUGUAUGGAGGACCGCAGUUUACAGUACAUGGGGUGGUGGCGGUGCACACCACCGACCAGGCCACCGGCGCCCCCUAGCUUGAUAUUUUGAGACUCUUUAUGAAACUCUGUCAGAAGGACGGUAAGAGAUCAACAGUCUGUGACCCAACAACAAUCGUCCAGCUCUUCAGGAAGCCAAAAUGUAGAACUGAUCUGUGUCAUCACGUUUUAUUCGCUCUGAAAUGGAUUCUUCUCGGGCCUUCUUUAGAGGUUAGCCAUCGUUUACAGCUUCUUCUUUUUUUUUUUUUUUUUUCAUUGUCUGUCGUGUUACGUGGAUUCAGUUGGCUGUGACUCUCUAUGCAAUGUGUUAGUGUAAUAAAAAACACAGCCGGCAGAGGCCACAGGAUCAUAGGUAUGUGUUAGUGAAGCAGCAGAAAUGCAAAGACAGACCGUGUUACAAUCUUCUGCUGCCUCCUCCAGGAAUCAACCUGCAGAGAAACCAAUCACUGUGAAAGUCACUCAACUACACAUGUCGUGUGUUUGUCUUCUUAAAGGGACAGUUCAGCAAAAACAACAAAAACGUAAACAAACCGGCCUGAGUGUUUUAUCAGUCUGCUUUAGUGAAACGCUUCAGUAAAGUUUCUGUUUUAUCACAGAAAACUCCACAAAGAGUGAAUACGUCUCCGUAUUUUAAAAUAUUUGUGAGGGAGGACAUCACAGGUGCCAGGAAACCUGUGACCUCGCUCCUCGGGAAUCUAUCCGUAUCAUCUUUUAUCUUUAGAAAGAAACAAUCAUUCAAAGUGUUGUGAAACUGAAGAAAGUGUUUUUUUCAUUUGCUGAACUGUCGCCUUUAAAGUAAUCAAACUGUUACUCUGAAUGAUAUUUACACUUUUGCAUCGACGAUCAUCCUCACAGUAUUCACUCAAUUUUCCACUUUUAGUUUACGUAUGAGAUGACAUUAGCUCGAUGUCGAAGUGAUGGUUAUUUAUAAAUCUGUGAGGAACGAUGAUUCAGCCUCAUUUUGUCGCGUUAUUAUUAAGAGUGUAGCGUUAACGGUUUCUGUGAUGUUGCUAAAAUAAAGUGUCAAAGAUGAGAACGAGCAUCGCUGAAGUAAAGCUGGAGAUUCAGAUAACCUUCAAAUGAUCACAUUUAGUUCAUCGUUAAGUUUCUGAUUCAGGAUGGACGAGAAUCGGUCUGAAAAUGACGAGGCUGGCAGACGAUUUUUAAAAAACAAGCGCUUGCAGAUUCGUCUGGCUCCCUGCACACAAACGUUUGUUUACUUGUGAAACUUUGAAAUGAGAAAAAAAAGACUUUAGGUAACAGGAAGCUUUCAGGAGACUCCUUCAGUCACUUUAAUAUAUUUCAGAGAUAACGUAGAAGCUUCAUCGUCCACAUUUCGACCAACAAACAUCUCUUGGUAAAUGUUAAAUGGACUUGAGCUUGUGUAGCGCUUUUCUAGUCUUCUGACCAAUCACCGCUCGUCACACUUCCACAUUCACACACUGACGUCUGCUACUUCAAGUGACCCCUUCAAACACAUUCACACACUGCCGACGAAGCAGCAGGAGCAACUUGGGGUUAAGUGUCUUCUCCAAGGACACAGCAGACAUGUUGCUGCGGGAUCGAGACGUUUUUCUUGUUGUCCAGCUGAUCUGAGGUCAGCAUUUUGUCGGUGUUGGGGGGGGGAGUGGGACCCUGGAGCCGUCCAGUUCAUGGUACAGAAUUCCUCAAACCAGUGCACACAACUUGACUUGAGGUUUUUUUUUCAGGUAGAAGGAGGGGGAAAAAAACUGUGUUCAAUGUUUUGGGGGUCAAAACGGUGACCCCUGCUGGAUACACUCAUGAACUGCAUCUGAUGUCACUUCUGUCUUCUGUCAUUUUUUGGUGAAUAAAAUAAAGUUUUUGUAACCUG